UCAAAAUUCAAAACAAUAACCCUGCACUAUGGCAAUGGAAGCGGAAGUGAUAGAACAUUUUUUCGGAGUUUAUUUAUUGUACUGUAAGAAUCCAAAAUAUAAAGGUCGCACUUAUAUCGGAUAUACUGUAGAUCCAAAACGGCGAAUAAAACAGCACAAUGCUGGUCAGAAGUUUGGAGGUGCAUGGAGAACGAGUAAUCGCGGUCCGUGGGAAAUGGUAUUAAUCGUGCAUGGCUUUCCAAACUCAACAGCUGCUUUACGGUUUGAAUGGGCCUGGCAGCAUCCCGAACUAAGCCGACGUCUAAAACACGUUCCCAAGAAAAAGUCUCGGCAAAGUGCCUUCGAAUAUCGUCUUACCGUUCUUUCAGAGAUGCUUCAAGUUGGACCAUGGUCACGAUUGCCCUUAACAAUGCGUUGGUUGGAGGACACAUUCGGCGCGGAGUAUUCAAAAAACGUUAGUCCUCCUUUACACAUGCCCAUCACUUUUGGGAAAGUCACGUCGAAAAAACCGAAAGAGUCGACGAAGGAGAGAAGAAAGAAAACCACCGGCGUCGACGAAGAAGAGGAGAAUGAACAAAAAUUAUCACCUUGUACGCUCUGCAAGUUAAUCGUUGACAACGAGGAUCGGAUCACUUGUUUAAAGCCUAGCUGCAGUUUGGUUUCGCAUCUCGUUUGUCUCGCGGAAUCAUUCGUCAAAGACGGUAUGAUUUUACCCGUCGAGGGCUGCUGCCCAAUCUGCUCGACGAAUUUACUGUGGGGUGAUUUGAUUAGGAAAAAAAUUGGCUGCAAUAUGCACUUAAACGAUGAGGAAGAGUUGGAAAUUGAUUUAGAAUGCAAUGACGAUUAGAUUUUUUUACGCUUACUUUUAUAGACUAAGUUUAGAUUAUUUAUAUUUUUGUUUUUAUUCAAGCAAUCAAAUUGAGUUUCUUUGAUUUAUUAUUUUUUACAUCGCUUAUUAUACACGGCAAAUAUCUGUUGUAAAGGUCAGUCCGUCUGCAGCCUAGUAACCGAGAAACGUGUGCUUAUUUAGUGACAACAAAUUCGGCGUUGGAUGCGCUGCACGUAUGAGAAAUCGCCGCCGACUAACAGCUAAUUUCGUGGUACGACACUUUAUGAAUGCAAUAAUUUUUUGUUAUUGUUAUUUAUUAUAAUAGAUUACGUCGAAUAAACGAAUUUACACAACAAAAAGUAGGUAAAAUUCUUUUACGACGCCAAUGAAAAUGAAGACAUUGAAGUAUAGGCCGCGCACCUGUUGCAGCACGGUAAAGUAGUAUAAUGAUCGCGGGGAAAAUUAUUCAUCACGCGCGCGUGAAUCGGCUUUUCGUUGUUUCCUCUCUCGAAGCUCCUAUCAAAAGAAAUUUAUUUAUGUAAUUAGCACGCGUGUCGCGUGGACGUUACUGUAAACCGUUAUAUACGCGCUACGGUCUCUUGUGACGAAGACACAUCAAAUCUGGACGCGCACAACGCAAUCGACAGAAAAAAAAGAAACGUAACGGCAUUUAUGUUCAAAUCAUAAUCAAAUCAUGUUCAAAGCCCCUCGUUAUCAUUAUCGUUUUGAUCAAAAAUUCAACAUUUAAUGGUGUCCUAUUGAAUGACAGGUGUUUCAAGUAAUGCAACGAUGUUUCCUUUUCUUUGAAUACUUUCUUUUUUAUUAAAGUAUAUUUACAUAUGCUUUCUUUUGGAGUUUUAUUUAUUGAUGAUUUCGAGGGUAAUUGAAAAAACUUUCGACAAUAAAUCGUAAUAAUGAAGAAUCGUUAUACACAUUAACGGAAACAAGAUUACUAAAGUUAUUUCUGGCCACAGAAAGUUGUUUUUUGUACAUAAUAAAUAAAUAAAUAAAUAAAUGAAUAAAUAUGCAAUCUAAUAAUGCAAAAUAAAUAAAGAUAAAACAAAUAGGUAUGUAAAUUACAGGAGAAACAUCAACAACGCGUUCGUCGCGAUGAGUAGAGAAAGGUGUAAUAAAUAACGAAUCUCUAUCUAGAUAAUACUGCCUUUGAUAGACAUCUUUGUUCGCGGGAUAAAAAAUGUGUGCCUCUG